UGCACAGACAAGACUCUAAAGACUCUUCUGAUUUUUCACAAGAUGCUGAACUGGAGAUUGGUGAAUACACAUUUUAUCCUGGUCAUUGUGUUGAUGCUGUGGAGCUCAGGAAAAAUACUCCCCAUGGAUAUAACAACAAAGGCCUUUAAUUCUGAUGUCUCAGAAAUGCAGUCACCAUCCACAGUCAGUGAAGAGAAAUCAGCCACUGAUUUUGCAGCAAAAGUUUUGCUUUUUGAUGAACUUGUGUCUCUGGAAAAUGAUGUGAUAGAAACAAAGAAGAAAAGGAGCUUUUCUGGUUUUGGAUCUCCCCUGGACAGACUCUCAGCUGGCUCUAUAGAUCAUAAAGGUAAACAAAGGAAAGUAGUAAAUCAUCCAAAAAGACGAUUUGGUAUGCCCAUGGAUCGCAUUGGUGGAAACCGUCUUUCAAAUUCCAGAGGUUAAUUGAUUCCAAUU